GGGGCGGGCAGCCCAGCGCACCCCAAACCCCUCUCUCCGGUCUCUCUGUCUCAGACCCAAGAGGGUCUGGCUGCUGGUGGCACUGGGGUGUCACCCAAGGGGAAGUGGCGUCACCCCCCCGACCGAACCACGGAGCCCCCGGGCCGUACACACGCGGCGCGGUUUGUCCGCCCGCGGCCGCCGUAGCAGCGCGGAAGUGUCUCCAUGGAGACGGAAGGAGUUGGGCCCAAGGAUGGAGAAAUACGAGCGGAUCCGGGUGGUGGGGAGAGGGGCCUUCGGCAUCGUGCACCUGUGCCUGCGCAAGGCCGACCAGAAGCUGGUGAUCCUGAAGCAGAUCCCGGUGGAGCAGAUGAGCAAGGAUGAGCGGCUGGCAGCACAGAACGAGUGCCAGGUCCUCAAGCUGCUCAGCCACCCCAAUGUCAUCGAGUACUACGAGAACUUCCUGGAGGACAAGGCGCUCAUGAUCGCCAUGGAAUACGCCCCAGGGGGCACUCUGGCAGAGUUCAUCCACAAGCGCUGUAAUUCCUUGCUGGAUGAGGACACCAUCCUGCACUUCUUCGUGCAGAUCCUCCUGGCCCUGCACCACGUGCACACCAAGCAGAUCCUGCACCGUGACCUGAAGACCCAGAACAUCCUCCUGGACAAGCACCGCAUGAUCGUCAAGAUCGGAGACUUUGGCAUCUCCAAAAUCCUGAGCAGCAAGAGCAAAGCCUACACGGUGGUGGGAACUCCGUGCUACAUCUCCCCGGAGCUCUGUGAAGGGAAGCCUUACAACCAGAAGAGUGACAUCUGGGCCCUGGGCUGUGUGCUCUACGAGCUCGCCAGCCUCAAGAGGGCUUUCGAAGCUGCGAACCUUCCUGCCUUAGUGCUGAAGAUCAUGAGCGGGACGUUUGCCCCAAUCUCAGAUCGAUACAGCCCCGACCUGCGCCAGCUCAUCCUCAGCAUGCUCAACCUGGAUCCUUCCAAACGGCCCCAGCUGAAUGAGAUCAUGGCCCAGGCCAUCUGCAUCCGGCCCCUCCUCAACCUCUACACAGACGUGGGCAGCGUCAAAAUGAGGAGGCCUGAAAAACCCUUGGCUCCGGUGCCCACAGUGACCCACAGCCGGACAGAGGGACGGGCAAGCAGUGCCAGGCAGAGGGGUGUCCGACGUGGUUCAGCCAGGACAGGAAUCCCCCCUCCCCUGUCAUCCAUCUACACGUGGGGCAGUGGGAUCACCACCCCUCUGCGCCUGCCCAUGCUGAACACUGAGGUGGUGCAGGUCUCUGCUGGCAGGACACAGAAGGCUGGGGUCACCAAAUCUGGGAGGCUCAUCCUCUGGGAGGCUCCUCCCAUGGGUGCUGCUGGGGGUCCUUCUCUCCCAGGAGCCACUGAGCAGCUCCAGCCUCAGUUUGUGUCCCGCUUUCUGGAGGGCCAGUCUGGAGUGACCAUCAAACACGUGUCCUGUGGUGAUCUUUUCACAGCCUGCCUCACAGACAGGGGGAUAAUCAUGACCUUCGGCAGCGGCAGCAAUGGCUGUUUGGGGCAUGGAAACUUCACGGAUGUGAGCCAGCCCAAGAUUGUGGAGGCCCUGCUGGGCUACGAGAUGGUGCAGGUGGCCUGUGGUGCAUCUCACGUCCUGGCGGUCUCCAACGAACGGGAAGUGUUUGCCUGGGGCAGGGGGGAUAAUGGUAAGGGAAGUCUGUUUUGCAGAACAGGGCUUGUGCCUGUUCCCACUCCCUUUGCUGGCCCUGCUUGCCCACAGUCGCCUCCAGAUGUGCCAGGGUGGGUGGUUGUGGAGGAGCUGCAGCUGUUUUGCUGCAUACCAGGGUCUCUGUGCUUUGGGUUUUGCUGCUUUCUGGGAUCCCAGGCUGGGCUCUUGCAGCAGCUGUGUCAGUGCUGCUCUCAGUGGGGCUGUGCUCAGGCUGUGUGUUGCCAUCAGCUGUUCCCUGCUCUGUUCCUCCUACCAGGUCGGCUUGGGCUGGGCACCCUGGAGUGCCACAACUGCCCCCAGCAGGUCACAGUCCCUCCAGAGCAUGAGGCUCAGAGGGUCAUCUGUGGCAUCGAUUCCUCCAUGGUCCUCACAGUGAAGAACCAGAUUCUUGCUUGUGGGAGCAACAGGUGUAACAAGCUGGGCCUAGACCGGAUCAGCUCAGGAGAGGAACCUUCCCCAGAGGACCAGGUGGAGGAGGCCACGCUGUUUGUGUGUGCCCAGUCAGCCCCCUUGAACCAAGAGCCCAUUGUGUGUGCUGACAUUGGUACAGCACACUCAGCUGCUGUCACAGCCUCUGGCCACUGUUACACCUUUGGCAGCAACCAGCACGGGCAGCUGGGCACCAACUCCUGCCGCAGCAGCCGCGUGCCCCACCUGGUUGUGGGGCUGGAGACCAUGAAGGUCACCGUGGUGGCUUGUGGGGAUGCCUUCACUGUGGCCAUUGGAGCAGACGGCGAGGUGUGCACGUGGGGGAAAGGAGCCAGGGGACGCCUGGGCAGGAAGGAUGAGGAAACAGGAGUGCCAAGGCCAGUGCAGCUGGAGGAGACACAUCCAUACCUGGUGACCUCUGUUGCCUGCUGCCACGGGAACACACUGCUGGCAGUAAAGCCUGUCGUGGAGGAGUCGCCUUCCCAGUGAGUGAGAGCAGCCACAUCCUGCUCUUCCUGCUGCCCACGGUGGCCUGGCUCAGACACACUCCAGGCUCCAGAGCUCCUCAGCUGCAUCUGAAGGCAGCAGUCUGGAAACAGAGAGCUCCUAACGAUGGUUCCCAAGGAACCAGAGCUGGUCUCACUUAUUGAAUUGUCACUGUGAACCUCCAGUGCCUGAGAGUCACUGCCCUGGACGUGCCCAGAGCUCUGGUGCUGCCUUCAAGGGGUCACACCGUGGCUCUUCCCCUCCCUGCUGGAAGUGCCUGUGUGGAAGAGUGAGGAGCACAGAGGUUGUUUUCCUCUGUGGAAACUGUUUCUGGUUACAAAGCCCAGGCUGACAGCUCCGUGUCUGAGAGAGCUGUCAGCCUUUGCACAGCAGCGUCUGGAGUCAGGGCCCCAGGCGCUGCGCUGGGUGACUAAAUGCAAACCUCUUUGCUAAUUAGAGAAGUCUGUCCUUUCCCAUCCCCCCCUAAAACGUUUCACCCAUUUAUUGAGCACACUUUGGAGGGUCCUGCCUGCACGGCUGGCCGAGCUCUGCACAAGCAGCCUCCCUGUGCUGCACAGCUCUCCCCAAAUGCUGCCUGGAGCUUUCCAAUUACAGCCUCCCCCUGGCCCCAGGAGCUCGCUGGAGGAUCCUCCAGCUGACAUUUGUCCUCAGGCUCCUCAGUCCUGCUGCUGACCGGCUCACUGGCUCCCAGCUGAGCUAGGGAAGGCAGCAAAACACAGCCAGUGAUUGUCAGUACUUGGAAGUUUUUUAACACAGAUUUGUCCAGAGAGCUGAUGAGUUUUCACCAGGGAUCUUUGCGGGCAGGAGAAGCACAUCUGUGUGUUAUGGACAGGAGUCACGUUUUUUGUCUCCAGAAGGGUCGUUUCCUUUCCUUUAUUUUUUUUCCUCUUCUUUCCUUUUUUUAACUUACAUUUGCCCUGGGCCAUUUUUUGAUGAGCUUCUGUCUCUGAUCUGUCUGACAUUGCAAAUGCUCUUGCCUUUCACAUCCAUCUUUGUGCUGUUGCCAAUCUGUUGUGUAUAAAGUCGGUGCUUUCAUAA